AUGGGGGCAACAGACGCCGAAAAAACGGCACAGAGGUUGCACGGUCACCGCGCCUUCUCCGCGCAACCUCUGCACGGAAGCUGCACGAGCUCCGUACUAUUUCCGUGCGGAGGUUGCAGAGACUGCACGGGUGUUGCACUGAAAUUACACGAUUUCCGUACAAUCUCCGAGCAGCCUCUGUACGGAUGUGUCCCGACAGUCGUAUGCUGUCAAACCAUAGACAGUCGUAUGCUGAUGAAGGUUCCUGGAGAGUACCAGGUCUACGUUACAACCGGACUUGAUAAUGAUGCUGACUUUGACAAGAGGAGUCUUCUAAGGACAGUAGAGGUCUGUACACCUUCAGAGAGUUCAGCAAGCAUUACAAAGAACAUGGACUUCCAGAGUGAUGUAACUGAUGAAGACAGCAUGGUUACAUCAGCCAUGUCACACUCUGAUUACUCCAUGUCGGUCAAGAAAGACAGCAAAUUUGAUGAAUCAGGAUCAGGAUCAGAAAAGCCCAGUGAGUCAAGGAGUACUGGUUUAACACAUGGUCUUCGUCAACUGAGUGUCAAGCCUACAUCAGAUCCUGGACGUGUUACAGGAUGGCUUAACGAAGCAGAAGCCGUCAGGCAACCAAUGAUAGGAGCACCUGGUGCUGAUAGGCUCCCAGUUAAAUCUAUUGAUGACAUGGAAACCUUGAAACUUAAAAUCUAUCAAGAAGAACUGGCCGAGCCUGCCCUUCAAGGCCAUAAUACAUGUGUAGUAGCUCCUACUGGUUCAGGGAAGACGUAUGUAGCUGUGGCUGUAGCUCAGGAGGUCCUCAGGAAAUCACCAGGGAAAAAGGUUAUCUUUGUUGUAAACCAGGUACCUCUUGUACACCAGCAGAGUACAGUGUUCAAGAAAUACAUCAAAGAUGUGGCCUAUAUAUGUGGGGAUCAUGGCCAGCCUGAAAUAACACGCCUUCCUAUGGAUGAAGUCUUGAAGGAGAACGAUGUAGUGGUUCUAACAGCACAGAUACUUGUAGAUGCCUUGACCAAGGGACAGGUGUCAUUCAACCAAAUAGGACUUAUCGUCUUAGAUGAGUGCCAUGAGACAAAGAAAAAGAGUCAAUACAAUGCGAUCAUGGCAAAGUACAUGGAGCAAAAAAUGAAAAAUGAGAAACCACUUCCUCAAAUUCUUGGCAUGACAGCAUCUCUGGGAGUAGGUAACGCACAUUCUGACAAGAAUGCCAUUCAAUACAUGCUCAAGAUGUGUGCUAACAUGGAUGUAGUGAAGUUAUCCACUGUUCAGAAACAUAAAGAGAGCUUGGAAAAGGUUAUCAACAAGCCUGAGGAAGUAACAAGCAGAACCAAGGAUUCAUUUGCAGAAGAAAUACAGGAUCUUAUGUAUCAGGUCUUCAAGUAUAUCAACUCAAGCCCAGGAAGCUCCGUUCUCAGCACUACGGUUGAGAAGCUUUCCAGUCUACGAAGCAGUAACCAUUCCAGAGAGAACUUCAGCCAUGUUCUGUGCAAGCUGCAGAAGGAGAUAGCAGAUAAUUCUCAAUUUAGAGAUUUACAGCUCAGUCUUAUGACGUGUGUACAAUAUCUCAAGGAAUACAGCACUACUCUUGCCUUCCAUGAAACAGCUCGGACCAAGGAUGCUUUACAAUAUCUCCAAGAGUUCAUCAGAGAAAAGAGCAAUAAAGCUGUCACCACGAACACAGAGAAAAUGCUCAUCCAAACGUUCCAAGACAAGCAACACGAACUGGAGAGAAUCUCAAUGAGUCCUAAAUCACUAAAUCCAGCACUGGUUGAGCUUCAGAACAUGAUAGAAAGAGACAUAGUGACAUGUCAUACCAAUGAGAAUGGUGAUUCAUUCCGAGCUAUCCUCUUCACUCCGACAAUCACAUCUACAUCGGCUCUCAGGAGUUGGGUCAUGGAGACAGAUUCCCUCAAAGAUCUUAAUCCAGAGGUGUUGGUUGGCUGUAGAAACCCAGGCAUGAACUUACGUCAUCAGACAAAUGUCCUGGACUACUUUCGUAACGGUGUACACAAGCUGCUCAUAGCAACCUCGGUUCUUCAACAAGGCAUUGAUGUCCAAGCAUGCAACUUUGUAUACAGGUACAACUACAUCGGUGACGCUGUUGCACGUAUUCAAGCCAGAGGUCGAACGCGUAAACCAGGAGGUCGUUUUGAUCUGGUAACUCACGGUUACAGAGGACUGGAUGUGAAAGAUAAGCUUAGUAAGGAACAGGAACAGAUCAUGCAACGAGCUACUGAUGCAGUUUCAUCACUUUCUAUUGAGCAGAUGAAACGUGGGACUGCUGUAUAUCAGCAACAACGCAAUGUACAGAUCUUCAACCAACAACAGCAACGCAAACCACUGGAUGAGGGCAACCAGAGUUACCAUUGUAAGGAUUGUGAUGCUCUAGUUUGCCAUUCAGCUGAUAUCAGGAUUGUACCUGGUGGUCACCAUGUGGUCAUCCAUCGUCAGAUCUUCAGCAAGAUCAGGAUUGUGGCUUCAGGAGGAAACGGUCAAGAUCCAGGACACUGGUCAUCCGUUGAACAUGCAAAUAAAGAAAUCAGAUGUGCGGGUGAGGGAUGUCACACUAAGCUUGGUAGCAUUUUAAAGUGCAGCAAUCGGAUACUACUUGCAUUCUCCAUCAAGUCAUUAAGACUCAGAAACACAGCAAGCACGACCAAGACCUACAGGACUUGGGGCUCAUUGCCAUUCGUCUUCCAUAAAGUACCAUUCGAAGAGGGUAGCUUUGGAUUAAAUGACAUCCCUGGCAUUGUGGCAUAGUGUGAGUUAAUCUA